AUGCCGGGGAACAAGCACGCGACCGCCACAGAGACUCGGGCAGAGGAGCCUGUAGUCCAUCCAGCCAUUGAACAGGUUCCCGAACCUUACGAAGAGGCCCAAGGCGUGGAUUUGGAAAAGGGCAAUCAGAAGAACCCCGACCUAGAUCUUGUACAUAUCCAGAGCCAUGCCUCCGCACACGAUAUACCCCACAUACCUUACCGGGAAUCUGGAGACGAAGUCUACGACAAGUUCACUCACUCGAAAAAGAUAGGCAUAGUAUCGGUCCUGGCUUUCUGUUCCUUCUUGGCUCCUAUGGCAUCAACUACUGUACUUGCUGCCGUACCUGAAGUGGCAGCAACAUACAACACCACCGGUACCAUCAUCAAUGCCAGUAACGCGUUAUACAUGCUAUUCAUGGGACUGUCUCCAAUGUUCUGGGGACCGAUGGGUCAGGUGUAUGGACGAAGAUGGACUCAGUUGUUGAGUGCCAUCUUCUUUGCCGCAUUCUCAAUCGGUACUGCAUUGGCUCCCAACUUGGCUUCGUUCUUCAUCUUCCGCAUCUUGACGGCUUUCCAAGGCACUUCCUUUCUCAUCAUUGGUAGCUCCUGUAUUGGAGACAUCUACCGCCCGACAGAGCGUGCGACUGCAUUGAGUUGGUUCUUCUCGGGAACUCUCAUCGGACCUGCCAUGGGUCCUUUACUAGGCGGUAUCAUCGUUACGUACAAGAGCUGGCGCGACAUCUUUUAUCUACAGACUGGACUAGCCGUCGCCGCCACUGUGCUGUGCUUCUUCUUCCUCCCAGAAACAAUCCACUACAAAAAAUCCGUCGAGCUCGAAGGCCUCAAGAAAAGCGAACAAGCAAAGAAAAUCUGGUCUUGGACCAACCCUGUUCGAGUCAUAAAGCUGUAUCGAUACCCGAAUCUGCUGUUUGUUGGGCUUGCUUCGUCAUCGCUGGUCUUCAACAUGUACAGUCUACUCACACCAAUCCGAUAUGUCAUCAACCCUCGCUUUCACCUGACCUCGCCAAUCCAGUCUGGACUCUUCUACAUUGCUCCUGGAUGCGGUUAUUUGUUCGGCACGUUCUUCGGAGGCCGCUGGGCUGACCGCACUGUCAAGAAGUGGAUCGGAAAGCGCAAUGGUGAGCGCGUACCCGAGGAUCGACUGCGGUCUUGCCUCAUUUCCAUGGGUGUCAUCAUCCCUGGAUGUAUGUUGAUCUACGGAUGGUCGAUUGAGAAGGACAAGGGCGGCAUCCCUCUACCUGUCAUCGUCAUGUUUGUCCAAGGCGUGGCACAACUGUUCUGCUUCCCGUCACUCAACACCUAUUGUCUGGAUGUGAUGCAGAAGCGAUCUUCGGAAGUGGUGGCUGGUAAUUACAUGCUACGGUAUCUGUUUGCUGCCACUGGGACAGCAGCUUGCUUGCCUGCUGUCGAGGCCAUUGGCGUAGGGUGGUUCAGCACGAUCAGUGCGGCAUUCUUGUCCUUUUCGGCGAUCUUGACCUGGACAGUCACAGUAUGGGGACGUGAUUGGAGAGAAGGCAUAGUCCGCAAGAAAGAAGAAAAGAAGGCACGAAAGCAAGAGAAGACGGGCGGUACAUGA